AUGAAGGAGUGCAUAUUUUGUUUUAUUCCAGGAGGGAUAGCGGUGGGGAGGCAGGCGCAGAAGCCAAGGCAGCAGCAGCAGCAGCAGCAGCUUGCGUGCGCGGGGAAGGAUGGCAAACGGAUGAGCCUCAACUACGCCUGCAGCCCCUCGGAGUGUGUGGGUGCGUCCAAACCUCCUCUGUGCUCCUCGGUCCCGUCCCGUGUCCUCCUGAGACAGCAGCUGAUGAGGGAGCAGCUCCAGGAGCAGGAGCGCAGAGAGCAGAGAACUCACCAGAGCUCCACUCACUACCCCCAGACCACCUCCACACAGACCCCUGCCAUCAACGUGUCCUCAGCCCUGCCCCAUGCAGCGCCCGUGCCCAUGGAGGUGCUCAAGGUCCAGACCCACCUGGAAAACCCGACUAAGUACCACAUCCAGCGCUCGCAGCAGCAGCAGGUGAAGCGGUACCUGGGGAAGCUCCUGCCCUCUGACCACGGGGGCAUGCCUCCUGGACCGGGCAACAGCGCGCCCAACAGCCCCAUGGCCUUACUAACACUCAACUCCAACUGCGAGAAAGAGAUGGACGAUGUAAUUGACGACAUCAUUAGUCUGGAGUCCAGUUACAGUGAGGAAAUCCUGGGCCUGAUGGACCCAGGACUUCAGAUGGCGAAUAACAUGUCUGUUCCUGGGAACAUCAUGGACAUGUACAACCAGGGAAUGACCCAACAGGGUCUGCCCAUCAGCAACUCCUGCCCCGCCAACAUGCCCAACAUCAAAAGGGAAUAUUCCAUGCCACAGUCCCCUGCCAUCAUGCACAUGCUGGACAAGUCUGGAUCCUGCGGCAAAUACGACAGCUAUCAGAGGCCGGAGGGUUUCCCCGUGGAAGUGCGAGCUCUGGCUAAAGAGAGGCAAAAGAAAGCUGAGUCAGUGGAGAAGGUUCAGUGCCUGGGCACGAACCCAAACCUUCAGGCUCUAGGCCAAUGGUCUACAUACUGGAGCCCUAUUCACAUCUCCUAA